AUCUCUGCUAAUUAUUUAUCAACCAUGGGAUAAUAUUGAGUUUAAUAAUGUAAUUCUCCUUAAUAUAGAUAUACAUAAGAUCAAAAGAAAAUCAUGCAUUGAUUAGUUCCGAUUCCAUAUAAUCAACCAAAUUUCUUUCUUUUCAACUGUACUCAUUGACGCGGGCAGACGUCAAAUGGACGUUGGCUAUUUAUGAAGCCCAUUUCCCUCUGAAAACUUGCACACCAACCAAAGGAUGAUGACGAUGUCCAACAUUGUCCAAAAGCAUUUCCCUCUUUCAAUAUUACUUAUUCUGUUGUCAUGGUUUCUCACAGUUUGCUUAGCUAAGACCGGAAACAUCACCAGCGAUGAGCUUGCUCUUUUUGCACUAAAAGCCCGAAUCACGGAGUUACCCACUCAUCACGUAUUGGCCGAAAACUGGACGACGACCGGAGGUUCGUCGUCUGUUUGCGACUGGGUUGGGGUCACUUGUGGAUCUCGGCAUCUCAGGGUGACCGCCUUGAAUAUUUCCGGCAUGAACCUCGCCGGCACCAUUCCUCCCCAGCUCGGGAAUCUAUCAUUCCUCGUUUCCCUCGAUGCGAGAAAAAACAGUUUCACCGGAGGAUUGCCCAAUGAGUUUGGCGGGUUCCGUCGGCUUAAACUGCUUGAUUUGGGAUCCAACAGUUUCAGUGGAGAACUUCCACCGUGGAUUGGUUCAUUUCAGGGACUUGAAUUCUUGUCCCUCUGGAACAACAGCUUCACUGGUGUUAUCCCACCGUCGAUCUUUAACCUGUCCAAGUUAACCAGGUUAAGUCUUUCCUAUAAUAACCUGCAGGGAAAUCUUCCGAUGGAAAUCUUCAACAUGUCCUCCCUGGAAAGGAUUGAUAUGGCCGGAAACGGGUUUUCAGCUGGUACGCUUCCCCAUGAUAUGUGCCGCCAUCUUCCCAGACUCAAUUAUCUUGGUUUUAAUAACAUGAGAUUAGUUGGUCAAAUCCCAUCUAGCAUAGCCCAAUGCUUACAGCUUCAACGGCUUUUCCUUUAUUCAAACUCACUUACUGGAGAGAUACCAAAAGAAAUUGCAAACUUGAAGGGACUCGACGUGUUAUCUCUUAGAAGGAACAGUCUGGAAGGUUCAAUUCCAAAAGAAAUUGGAAAUAUGUCAAAGCUGCAGUGGUUGUACGUAGACGAUAACAACCUAACAGGCGUUAUACCUGAAGAGAUAGGCAAGUUAUCAAAUCUUAAAGAAAUCUUAUUUGGGGGCAACAAGUUAGCUGGUUCCAUUCCAGCAGAUAUCUUCAAUAUCUCCACUUUAAAACAGAUGGAUUUUGGAGGAAAUAAGCUAUUGGGCGAUCUUCCGUCAACCAUGUGUUACAACCUUCCUAAUUUAAAAGUAUUUUAUAUCGGCGUCAAUAGUAUUGGUGGACUCAUACCCAACUCAAUCUCAAAUUGUUCACAACUGCUAAAAGUCGAUUUUGCAGAUAACAAUUUCAGAGGUUACAUUCCUGACUCCUUCGGAGACCUUAGCUUACUUCAACGUCUGUUUCUCCAUGAUAACAAUUUAAUCAGUGAUCCUUCGACUCAUGUUUUGAAAUUCAUCACCUCAUUGGUUAGUUGUAAAUAUUUGAAAGAAAUCAAUGUACAAGACAAUCCCUUGAAUGGCCUUUUGCCUGAUUCGGUUGGAAACCUUUCUUCCUCACUUGAAAUGUUGUCUGCUUCCAAUUGUCAAAUCAAGGGUAUCAUUCCAAGCGGGAUUGGAAAUUUAAGCAACUUAAACACGUUUCUCCUCCAUGACAAUCAGUUGAUUGGGUCACUUCCAGAUUCAAUAAAACGCUUGCAGAAUCUUCAAGUUGCACUUCUUCAGAGAAAUAAAAUGAGUAUUUCUCUGCAACUAUUUUGUGCUAAUCGGGAACUUGGAUAUUUAAUGGUUCAAAGGAAUCUUAUUAUCGGGGGCUCAAUUCCAGAUUGUUUUGAAAACAUCACGUCUAUGAGAUAUCUUCACCUUGGCUCCAGCGGAUUACACUCUAGCAUACCUGCAAGUUUUUGGAACCUCAAGGACAUAUUAAUGCUGGACCUUUCUUCCAAUUCGUUAGCUGGUACUCUACCCCCUGAACUCGGUAAUUUGAAAGUUGCAACUCUGCUGAAUUUUUCAAGCAAUAACUUCACAGGUGGCAUUCCUAGUACUAUUGGAGAUCUAAUGAGCCUGCAGAAUCUCUCUUUAUCUCACAAUCAGUUGCAAGGUCCAAUCCCGGAGAUAAUCGGUAAAAUGUUGAGUUUGGAACAAUUAGAUCUUUCGUACAAUUCUUUAUCUGGUUCCCUUCCACUGUCAUUUGAAAAUCUUUUAGGCCUUACUUCCUUCAAUGUCUCCUUCAACAAUUUGAGUGGCGAAAUUCCUUCGCGGGGCCUUUUCGCAAAUUUGACAGCUGAAUCCUUCAUUUCGAGUGGAGCACUAUGUGGACCUCCAAGAUUUCAUGUCCUACCAUGUCCAAAUCUUUCAUCUCAUCACCGGAAAAGAAUCAUAUUUAUGCACAAAAUUGUAAUAGUUUUGGUUCUAAUGAUAUCAACAUCCAGCAUCACAUGCUUGGGACUCAUUUACCUAAAAUACAGAAGGAAAGCUAAAAGUGAGAAUAUUGAUCAAGAGGGUUCAGUUUUGGUUGCACAUGAGAGAAUAUCAUAUUACCAACUUCUACGAGCUACAGAGGGAUAUAGCCAGAAUAACUUAUUGGGUACCGGAAAUUUUGGAUCUGUUUACAAAGGUACUCUUGAGGAUGGUAGGGUUGUAGCUGUUAAAUCGUUCAAAUCGCAGCUUGAAGGAUCAAUCAUUAGCUUCAACAGAGAAUGUGAGGUAUUGCGCAACCUUCGCCAUCGAAACUUAACAAAAGUCAUUAGCAGUUGUGUUAAUCUCGACUUUAAGGCAUUGGUUCUUGAGUACAUGCCCAAUGGAAGUCUUGAUAUAUGGUUGCAUUCAAAUAAACAUUUUCUCAAUCUUAAGCAACGGUUGGACAUUCUAAUAGAUGUGGCUUGUGCUCUACAAUAUCUUCAUUGUGGCUAUUUGAAUCUGGUUGUCCACUGUGAUCUAAAGCCUAGUAAUGUACUGCUAGAUGAAGAAAUGGUUGCCCAUGUAAGUGAUUUUGGUAUUGCAAAAUUGUUGGGUCAGGAAGAUAGCAUCACACACACCCAAACUCUUGCCACACUUGGCUAUAUUGCCCCAGAGUAUGCUUUGGAUGGGUUGGUAUCAACGAGAUGUGAUGUCUACAGUUUUGGAAUCAUGAUGAUGGAAGUCUUCACAGGAAAGAGUCCUAGCGAUGAAAUGUUUGGAGCAAAUUUGAGCUUAAGGAGUUGGGUUCACGAGUCUAUGCCUGAUAGACUCGCUAAUGUUAUCGAUGUUGAUUUGUUAUCCACAUUCAAUGAUCACUGUCCUGAAAUACUUUCCAGCAUUGUAUCAAUCAUGGAUGUAGCUCAGACUUGUACAAAUAAUUUUCCACGGGAGAGAAGCAAUGUAGAAGAAGUUCUCGCAAGAUUGAAUAAAAUCAAACUUCAACUACAACCCUACAUAAAUGGCUUUGGAGGAGAUCUUGACAAGUCGAACUAAGAGCACGCUCUCAUUCAAACUUGUGCACUAAGACACAUGUUUAGAAUCUUCAGAAGAGAAAGUAAGUGGGUGAAAGUUUGAUGCACAUAUAUCCAUUUGAGCAUACUUAUGAGCUCUUUCUUUUUCUACAGAACAGGAAGUCUCUGCAAAAGAUCUGGAGAAAAAUUAUGGACAUUGUUAUGUAUAACAUUGUUAUAUAUUAUAUUUAUACAUACAUACACAUAUAUAUAUAUAUAUAUAUAUGGGAGUGACCGUUCCAUUUUAGAAUAACUAGUCUUUUAGAUGUCGCGCGUUGCGCGACAAGUACUUUUUUAAAAUCAUUUAACUCUAUUACGUUAAAUAUUAGUAAUAAUUUAUCUUAACGCGUAAUAGUUGUAGAUACAUGCUUUUAUAGGACUUUGUUAAGUAUACUUCUUUUGAUGGGAUUAUUACGUUGCUUAUCCUAAUACACAGUAUCCCACAAAAUGAUUAAGAAAUUUAUCAAAAAGCAAGGAAACAAAGUAGAAGAUCAAAUUGAUACUUGUG